UAAUAGAUUUUGUCCUAAUAGCUAACUAUGUUACCGUUUUCCGUUACUCUCCCAAAUCCCAAUAUAUAUCAAAAACCCUAAUUUCUCAAUUUCACCCCCAAAUUGAACCCUAAUUCAUUCUCUCACAACAACAAUGAACAACCCAACUGAUCUCAGCUCACCCAAUCGCAAACCAGAAGCUGAACAACAACAACAAGGAUCAUGCACUCCGGAAAACACCUUCAAGAAGAGAAAAUCCCCUUCAAAAUCCACUCCUCGGAAAAAAACCUCCAGGAAUAAUACGCCGAAGAAAAACGGGUCGGUUAAUGGAGUUAAGGGGACUGGUUCGCCUGAUGUGGCUCGGAAAAUUGAUUUGCGGUUGGAGGCGAAAUUGUCAGCUGAGGAAAAUUCGAGGAUGUUUGCGGGAAGACAAAUACAUCCGUUCUUUUCAUUGUGUAAGGCGGAGAAGAAAUUUAAGGAUUCGGGUGAUUCUGAAAGCAGUUUGUCUGCUGCUAAGCGGGAGAGUGGAAGAACUAACUGUGGUCCUAUUCAUGUAUUUGAAGAUAUUACGGAUGAUACUUCAUCUCUUGACUGGAGUGACUGGAAAUUUUUGGGAAAUACCACUAUUGUAGAUUGUAGCCCAGAAAGUUCAAAAUUUUCUGUUAUGGAGGAUUCUGUUGAACCCUUAAAUUUUGAUAACUUUCAUAGUGGUGUAAAAUCCUCAAGCACAUCCAUUUCUCAGAAUGCCUUGUCUUAUUCAGACGAUAAACUACCUACACAGUCAGAACACAUGAUGGAAAUGUUACCAGAAAACUCAGCUGUAGAUAAUGAGCCAGCAAAGCCGGAAGAUGCUAUAGUGGACUUGGAGAUGGAUGAAGCCAGUACUAUAUCAGGGCAAGCAUGCAAUACCGGAAAAUCAGAUGCUGAGCCACCGAGUAGAAUGAGUUCUUUCUGUCAAAGUUGUGAAGAUAAGGCUGAGAGCAGCUUAUGGAUACACAAGUACAAACCAACAAAAGCCUCGGAGGUAUGCGGUAAUGAUGAAUCCCUCAAUUUCUUACGUGACUGGUUACAUCAUUGGCAUGAAAGGCGGUAUCAAAACAGAAAGGAUUCCUCUAACAAGGAUCAAACUGACAUACCAGACGGUGAUGGUGAUUAUAACUGUGCUGGUUGUGACUAUGCUUCAAAAGAUGUUAGCGAGGAGGGUUCCCUGAAGAAUGUUCUUUUAAUUACAGGACCAGUUGGGAGUGGCAAGUCUGCAGCUGUCUAUGCUUGUGCCCAAGAGCAAGGGUUUGAGGUUUUAGAGCUCAAUACAUCGGAUUGUCGAAAUGCGACUGCUGUCAAGCAGUAUUUUGGAGAUGCUCUUGGAUCACAAUGUGUCAAAAGUUUAGUGGAACACACUGUGGGUUCACAGAAGAAAACUUUGAAAUUGCUCCAAGCUCCAGCUUCGCCUAAUGUUAAAGAAGCCAAAGAGAUGGAUCAUGAUGUGAUUGAAAUGAUAACCCUAUCCGAUGAUGGAGCUCAUGGUCCUGGUGGAACGUCUCAGAAGUUGCACGCCAUUGAUAAUACACUUACAUCUGAUGCUGUUCAAACUUUAAUUUUAGUUGAGGAUGUGGACAUCCUUUUUCCUGAAGAUCGUGGAUGUAUUGCUGCCAUACAACACAUUGCCGAAACAGCAAAAGGACCAAUUAUAUUGACCAGCAACAGUAAAAAGGCUGGUCUGCCAAAUAACUUUUGUAGACUACAUGUUUCUUUCUCAUUGCCAUUGCCAGAUGAGUUGCUUCGUCACUUGUUCACGGUUUGUGCCACAGAAGAAGUCGACGCCAAUCCUCUUUUAAUGGAGAAGUUUAUCCAGUCUUGUGACAGAGAUAUUCGUAAAACCAUUCUGCAUCUUCAGUUCUGGUUCCAGAAUAAAAAAUAUAGUAAAGACAAGAAAGUGCAGACAUUAUAUGGCUCACUUCCUUUUGAUCUUGAGGCUGGUCAUAAGAUACUACCGAAGAUGAUACCCUGGAGUUUUCCCUCAGAGUUAUCCAAACUAAUUGAGAAUGAAGUUACCAAGUCAAUAGCUACAAUGGAAAACAACUCAAGCUGGGAAGGGUUAGUUAAGGAAGAGCUUUGCAUCAAUGAGAAGGAAAACAACUCGGAGGUUCCAUGUAUGGGGACUGAUUAUUUAGAGUUCAUGAAGACGAUUAGAUCUAUUCCAGACCGUGGUGAGUUUGAAAGUCAAUAUAGUGCUAUCUCUGAGUUAUAUAGUUGUUCUGGACCCUCAGUAACAUCCUCUUGGCAAAAGGACCAAAGUAAAUUUGUAGUGAUGUCCACUGAUGCUAUGGAUAAGGAUUCAAAUAAUAGACAUUCUGUAGAUGUUCAUGACGAAGCUUACAAGAGACAGUUCCUUGAAGGCAAUGCUGAUUCUUCUUUUAACUUUCUAUUGAAUCAAAGCUAUGCCAGUACGUCUUUUGGUGAGCUACUGCAUUCUGGUUUGGAAGAUUCAGAGGUGGAACAGUAUAAAUAUUUAGAAACAAAUAAUGAUACAUGCUUAAACAACACAUAUAAAUCACUUGAUAUGUCCUGGUUUCCAGAAUCAAGAUUUGUUUCCGAGACUGCAAUUCAAAACAGAACAGAAACAUUGUCUACAGUUGUGUCUUCUGGUGGCCAUCUUUCUUGUCCGGUAGAUGUUUCUCUGAGUAAUGAGCUGAGACCAUUCUCUUUCAGCGUUUGUCAGCGCUUGGCCAAAGUGCCUCAAGGUCCCGAUUUGUUGGUGACUACUGAAAUUCCCAAAUCUUCUCCAAGAGCAAUAGCACCAGAUUUUUGUGAUGACAGCAUGGAAAUCGCAACUGUGUAUAACCCGAUGGAUGAGUGCAGUCACUCUGAUUUUAAGUUGGAGUCAAAAUUUGUUGAUUCUAGUCCAUCUAUGGAGAUCGAUACAGUGCAAAAUGUGUGGAGGAAACUUCGAACAGAUUUGAAACAGCAUGCCAAAUCAGAACAGAUAGGUGCUAUCGAAGUUGUUAAGCUUGCUAGUGGGCUAAGCAAUCUAAUUUCAGAAGCUGACUUGUUGUUUCGUAAUCACCAACAAAAACAAUGUGGUAUUAUGGAACCUCCAACUUCCCUGUCUGAUGAAGACACGUUUAGUUGGUAUGAUGAGCAAAUGAUGAUGUCAACUGUUGCUGCACAUGGUUUUUGCUUUUAUGCCAAGCAUAUAGCAGAAGCGGGACCGAAAUUGGGUUUUGAGGACAGGGUAGACAUAACUUCAGAGAUGUUGGCUUCUACUGCAAAUAUUAUGGCUUUGGGGAAGUUAUCUAGACAGGAUCACACCAAAACCACGAGUAGCUAUACCAAAGAGCUUUUAGAGGUGAACGACCAGAGAAAUGAUAAGAGCAGCCUGCGAUGCAACGAAAGCAGAACAUCUCUGUUCAACGUGAUCCGAUCGAUUGUUCCUGCAAGAUCAUCAACAACAGCAAUUCAAGGCAUUGCAUUCAGUGAACUUCUUUCGUCACUGCGCCAAAUUUCAAUUUCAGAGGAUUUCCGUAUUUCACAAGGUGUUAAAAAGAUGAGGAAAGGAAGGCGGAAUGCUGAACAUUAUUUGAGCAGAGGUAAAAUGGUGUUGUCUCCUGAAGAUAUAUCAUUGUUGUGUGAAGGUGAUUUGUACAGAAAGAUAUCUUCACAGUAUGCUUCUAACAUGGAAAUCAACUGUACAUGAUUAAACAUUGUAGCUUAGUUUUCAUUUGAUAAUAGGGCCAUUCAUUCUUUAACAUAUUUUAGUUAUUUAGUUACAUACACGAGAAGCUUUGACUUUGUUGAUGAUUGGCAUAGGACUAGGCUCAUAUAGUUUAUUUUCCCUGUGAUUAUUAUGAUCAUCAUGGGUCGGGAUUGUAAAUUAAAUAGAGCAGCAAUAGGAUUCAAAUAAGAUAGAAUUUGAAUAAGAAGUAGAAAUGGUAAAAAAGAUUCAUUAUUUUGUAAACUAUCAUUCUCUGAAAUAAUCUACCUUCCUUGUGUUUGUGCAUCAAAA